CGCGCGGUGCCCUCCCCGUGACGUGCCUGGCCGAGGCCGCGCAAGGGCGCUGUUGCUGCCAGUGCCGCUGUCAUGGCGUCCGAGGCGCUGGCUGAAGAGAACCCGCCGCGGUCUCCUUAGAGCAAGGGGCUGGCGGCUGGGUAUGGAGAGCGGCCCCGGGAGCCUGCAGCCGCUAGAACACAGGGUGGCCGCCGAGCCAGCGCUAGGGACAGGUUCUCCGCAGGAAGGGCAACCGGAGACCAGGCUCGCCGCUGGGGAUGGUCCUGGAGUAUGGGCGACGGAGGACAGCGGCGGGAAUGGGCAGGGGGCGGCGGCCGGCGGGAGGAGCCUUUUGGACUCCGUUUCUCCUGCCAGCUCUCCUCAGGUUCCCGGACCCUGCAGCUCAUGCCCGGGCUUGGACUUAAAGGAGAGUGAUUUGGAGAAUCCUGCUGCCCAGAAGACGCCGCCGAGAGGGCAGUACAAGGUGACCGCCUCCCCGGAGACAGCCGAGGCCGGAGCGGACCAUGGAUCGGGUCCGGCCGGAGACGCCGGCCCCCGCCCAGAUCCCGCCGGCACCUGCGGGGCAGAGUUGGCGGCCGCCGGGUCCGAGGAGCCCAGCAGCGCCGGCGGCCUCAGCAGCAGUUGCAGCGACCCGAGCCCUCCUGGGGAAUCGCCGAGCCUGGACUCCCUGGAGUCGUUCUCUAACCUGCAUUCUUUCCCCAGCAGCUCUGAGUUUAAUAGUGAGGAGGGAGCUGAGAACAGGGUCCCCGGGGAGGAGGAGGAGGAGGAGGAGGGCGCCGGUGCGGGCGCGGCGGGGUUGCCUGGGGCAGUGCCUCUGUGCCGAGAAGAGGAGGAGGAGGGGGAGGAAGCUCAGGUACUGGCGGCCUCCAAGGAACGCUUCCCGGGACAGUCUGUCUAUCACAUCAAGUGGAUCCAGUGGAAGGAAGAGAACACACCCAUCAUCACUCAGAAUGAGAACGGACCCUGCCCUUUGCUGGCUAUUCUCAAUGUUUUGCUUCUGGCCUGGAAGGUGAAACUUCCACCGAUGAUGGAAAUCAUAACUGCUGAACAGCUGAUGGAAUAUUUAGGAGAUUACAUGCUUGAUGCAAAGCCAAAAGAAAUUUCAGAAAUUCAACGUUUAAACUACGAGCAGAAUAUGAGUGAUGCUAUGGCAAUCUUGCACAAACUACAGACAGGCUUGGAUGUAAAUGUAAAAUUCACUGGUGUUCGAGUAUUUGAAUAUACACCGGAAUGCAUUGUAUUUGAUCUUCUUGAUAUUCCUUUAUACCAUGGGUGGUUAGUGGAUCCACAGAUUGAUGACAUUGUAAAAGCUGUUGGUAACUGCAGCUACAACCAACUAGUGGAGAAGAUCAUCUCUUGUAAGCAGUCAGACAAUAGUGAGCUCGUUAGUGAAGGCUUUGUAGCUGAGCAGUUUCUAAAUAACACAGCCACUCAACUGACAUACCAUGGAUUAUGUGAACUAACUUCAACGGUUCAGGAAGGAGAACUUUGUGUGUUCUUUCGGAAUAAUCAUUUUAGCACCAUGACCAAAUACAAGGGUCUGCUGUAUUUGCUGGUAACAGACCAGGGGUUUCUUACUGAAGAAAAAGUUGUUUGGGAAAGCCUACACAAUGUGGAUGGUGAUGGAAAUUUCUGUGACUCAGAAUUUCAUCUGCGGCCUCCUUCAGAUCCUGAAACCGUAUAUAGAGGACAGCAAGAUCAGAUAGAUCAGGACUACCUUAUGGCAUUAUCUCUACAACAAGAACAGCAGAGCCAAGAGAUCAAUUGGGAACAAAUACCUGAAGGAAUCAGUGAUUUGGAACUAGCAAAGAAACUCCAAGAAGAAGAGGAUAGACGGGCUUCUCAAUAUUAUCAGGAGCAGGAACAAGCAGCAGCCGCUGCUGCUUCUGCUUCUACACAGGCCCAGCAAAGCCAGCCAGCACAAGCCUCUCCAAGUAGAAGACAACCUGGGAAUAGUGAACGUAAACGAAAGGAACCUCGAGAAAAAGAUAAAGAGAAAGAAAAGGACAAAAAUAGCUGUGUCAUUUUGUAACAAGUGUUGGAUUCUGUUGGAUGCAUCUAUAUGUCUUGAGAAACAAAACCACAGGAGGAAAGGAAGAAAAAUCGAUAAAUACCGUCUGUGCCUGAUUUCCCAAUGGAUUUUGUUCAUGUUUUUCAGGGGAAAGGUUGUUACUUAGUUACAAUCAGACUUUUUCAAGUCACACAGUACACUCUUUAUGAGCUGGAGUUUCAUGUUACAAGUUGGAAAUGCUGUGUGUUAUCAUUCAUGAAAAAUACUGCACUUGUAGCCAAAUAAGCAAAUCACAGCAAAUUUUGUGUCAUAGUGACAUUCAUAACUCAUAUCAGUUAGUAAGCUAUUUUAUCUUCUGUUCUAACAAUGAAUAGAGGUAACUUAUUUUGUCUGAUUCCUUCCUGAAAUCUAAAUAUUAGCACAAUAGUUUCUGAAAUUAAUUUUUACAAUGUUAAAUUAUGAUCUAAUCCAAGAGAAACCAGGGGUUUAAUAUAGGGAUGUAAAAAGAAAAAAACAAAAACAAACAACAAAAGAACCAAGACAAAAAAUAACAGAAAUAAAUAACCCUUAAUCCUGUAUUGGACUAGUUCAGCCCUUGAACAGCUUUACCUUUCUUUAGGAAUGUACAUUUUAGAUAUUAUCUUGAGAACUGAUAAUGGAGUUUGGGUUUAAUUUAGAUAGAAAAAACAAUUUGUAUUUCUUUUCCAAUAGCAAAGAAUUGCAUAACAAUAAUACUCAUUCUAUCAAAAUCAGAUAUUAAUGACUUUGUAGUGUUGUGAAAUUUUGAGGAAUUUUGAAAUCUUUAAUAUAGGUAACUUGCACUACAGUUACUAUUUAUUGACAGUGUGAUAACUGAGUAUAAGAAGGAAACCACAGUGGAUACUAGGCCUUGUAAAUAUGGGUUGUAGAAAAGCAGAUAGUUCAAUGUCUACCUUUUUCUAGAAUUACCUUGAACCUUAAAAUUUAAAUCAUGUUUAUUUGCUGGAAAAUUAAGUAUACUUAUUAAAGCCAACAAAAAAAGCACAUUUCUGAAAGGAAGUUAGAAAUAAUCUCUGAGACUAGUGAAAAAGCAUUAAUAAAAAUCUCUUUGAAAAAUAGAUAAGACUUAGGAGGUAAAAGCAAUCAGAUUUUUUUUUUUAACUUAUGGGAACCAAAUAGACCUAUAACAUCUUGUAGUGUUUAUAGGAUUCAGAAAGAAAUAUUUAUUGAACUUUAUUAUGAGGCAACACAUUUUUUCCUGUAUUUCUACUAUCCUUAAUAGUCCUUUUUAUAUGCUUUAUAUUUAAAAGUUUGUUUUAGUUAUUUUUGAAGAGACUAUUGCUGCUCCAAGUAGUUACGUGAUUUACAUUCUAAGCCUCAGUAAAUUUGUUUAAUAGCAUCUUAAUCUAACCUGAGCAUCCACUUGGAGAGUGUUCUUGGGGUCUAGGGUGACAAUAGACUACAAAAAAAUGUGGUCUAGAGUUCUUAAGCUAUGUCCUUUACAUUCUCCAUGAUCCAAGACCAUUUAUAGGAUUGUUCUAUAUGUAAAAAUAAAAAGGAAAGUCUUAUUUAUGGAAGGAAUUAUUCUAAGGGAAAAAUCCAGGGUCAAGCUGUAUCUUUUAUGUCAUGUCCUUCUGUAUUGCAUGUGUAGUUAUGUUAUACCAUUUGUUUACUCCUUCAGAUUUCCCAUGCUAGCAUGAUAAAUCAUCAGAGAACCUGUUUGGGGUAUAAAACUUUGAUACAGAAUAUUUGGUGAGUCUCUAGUUAAUAACCUAGAAUAUGUGUACAUUGGUAAAGUAGUCAGAUGUACUACAGAAUUCUCUGUUGGCUCAAGCAGGUUGACCUUAGUCCAAGUUUACUCUUGAUACCACUCUAUUGGUUGAAGGAGGAAACUCAAACCUCAGGGUUUGUUUUUCCUAGGAUAGAUAGUAGUGACAGUGCACUAUAUUUUAAUAAGAAAAAGCAAAACAGCAAACCUUGAGAAAUUUAAAAAGCAUAUUUGAGGCACAUUUUUCCAUAAUUAUAUACUUAUCUAUUUAUUACCCUUGAGAAAUAUAUGUGUAGAAGUUAUUCUUCUGUUAUUUGUUACUAUCCUCUUAAUUUGUUCCAAAGAUAAUACUGCCAUUCUGCAUUCCCUCUGGAAGAAAAAAAAAAAACUCACUCAAAACCAGCAGUGCUGCUAUCAGAUAAGUAGAUGUCAAUGUAUACUUAUAAAAAAUAACUUAAAAAAUGUAAUGUGUUUGUUAAUUCAACCUUUUUUCUAUGUAAUAUUUCCAAGUCAGACUUUCUUACAUUCCUGGACUUCAGUUUGAUAUACCAAGAGUAAUAAUGAUAAAAUGUUUGCUUUGAUUACUGUGAGGAAAAAAUUAAAUGUUCAGUUCUAUUAAAACACACUUCUUGGAGAUAACUGGUUUUCCAUCCUUGAAGGUUAGAGCUAUUGUGUCUUUAUUUUCUUAUAUUUUGCUCAAGGCAACAAAUUAUACAUUCAGACAUUUCAUUGCUGGUUUGGGUACAUUGGAAUUUGAUAGUGGUAUAGUCAAGUCUUUCCUUCAGUGUUUUGUAGUACUUGAAAAUUGUUACAUGAAUUGCUAACAAGAUAGAACUUAAACAUUUUUGUUGUUAAUCUUUAUAGGCUAGAUUAGGGACACGUUUGCAUCAACCAAUCGCUGUUAGAUUUAGCAAAAGAGACAUGAAUGAGUGGAUAUAUGGUCAGUACACUUUCUUGUACUUUCAAAAGCUAUUCCUUAAGUUUAGUGACCAGUCUUCCUUACAAAUAUGAAAAUUGUCCUGAUGUGUAAUCCCACUGAAUUAACAAUGCUGUGAUUUACAAUAGGUUAUCAACACUUAGAAGUAUUUGUGUGUGUUUAUCUGUGUGUUUCUGAAGCAAGGAUCCGUUGAUUUUUAUUAUCAAAAGAAUCUGGGAACUUUCCCUCAAAUUUAAGAAUUACCAUUUAAGAGUACACCCACGUACAUAUGUACAUACAUACACUAAGCAGU